GAGUAUAAAUAGGAGGGAGAACCAGAGGGAAGACAGCACAUAUCCAAUUGGCUCUUUACUGAGACUUCAGCUCAACAGAACUACUACUGCCACAGCCAUGGCACCAUCAAUGAUUAGACAGAUUACCUACUCUAAGCAGCACCUCUCACUUACUAAGGUAAGGAAGCCAGCUGUGGAGAAGAUGCGCAGGGAUCGCAUCAACACCAGCAUCGAGCAGCUCAAGUCCCUCCUGGGUCCCGAGUUCCUCCUGCAGCAGCCUGACUCCAAGCAGGAGAAGGCUGACAUCUUGGAGAUGACCGUCUAUUUCCUGAGCCAACAGCAGCAGGCAGGAAGUUCCUCCACCGUGGCAGCCAAUGGGGGCUACUCUCACUGUGUGCAGGAGGCUGUCAGCUUCUUGUCGCAGUGUGAGGUGAAGACACAGUCCCACAGCAGGCUGCUGAGCCACUUCCACAGCCUGCAGACAUCCAGCCAACACAGCCAGGCUCCCAGGUCCCUCUCUCCGCUGGGCUCCCCAGUCCACCAGGCCACCACCAAGGGUGUGAUGAGACCCAUCUCCCAUCCGCUCUGGAGGCCCUGGUAUAGCAACACUUCAGACCUUUUCAUGUCAGACAAACGGAAUUAGACAGGCCAGUCUAUAUUUUGACAGGCAUGGACAGUGGUGACGGAGGUCUACUUCUUCUGUGUUUGGCAAGAGAUGCUAUGUCAUUAGUCUUCAUCCAGAUGAAGAAAGGGCAUGUUUCGCCAUUUCUAACCCAUAUUGAGUUGCUACUGUUUGUGUCUGUGACCACCUGUUUCUUAGAAUUUGUCAAACUCUUUACAAUGAAUUGUCACUGAAUGAUAAAAUGUAUCAAUUUGAUGAUGUAGCUAUAUUAUUACACAAAUGGAUCCAAUGGAUCUACACUAAAUGUAAAUCAUGUUAUGAUUAUGUAAAAUCAAUGUCAUUGAUAAUACAGUAUUCAAUGUUCAAAGAAUAUGUUAUAAAGUUAAUUGUAACUUUAAAGAUACACCUUUCCUAAAGAGAUUUUGUGUAUUCCACAAAAGGUUUGGUAAAGAAAAAAGCUUUUCUGUGAAAAGUUUGUUUGCCUUUAUUGGUUUAAAUGACACGCCAUUUGGAGUGACAUGCCAUCAAGUGUUUGAAAAUAAAUGAAAACCUUUAAGUUUCUCAAAAAUG